AGCUCUUGAAGGGCCGUUAUUUCAUCGCUCCGACAAGACUUGAGAGCUAACAAUGAUCUUGCCGGCUGACGAUGCUUCUUGCAUUUGAGCUCCAGCCCCUCUUUUGGUUUUGCACUGAAAUCCGAAGCGCGCGGCUGGGAGCGGCAGAAGCUACAGGCUCAGCGGCAGCGGCAGCGGCGGCGGUGGUGGUGGUAGUGUUGGUGUUGGUGUUGGUGCUUAUCCAACGCAAAAGUGCUAAGGAUAGCUGCAGCCUACACACACUGCGAGCCCGCUGCUGCUUCACUCACUCUGAUCACCGCCGAGGGAGACAUCACUAUCAGCGCCGGGGCAGCGGGACGCGCAAUUACCCGUCAACGAUGUAAAUCUCGCACAGGUCAGGCAUGAACGCAGCUUCUCUCAGGUGGGAAGCUGAACUGCAGCACUAAAACAGACAGAAGUGAGUGGAAACCUUGUGACUGCCACAUCUCUUCCCUCUCCAUCAUCCAGCACCAUGGCUAAUGCUGAGGAAGUGGAGCCGGCGGGCCUGUCGGACUUGGAGAUCAUCUCCCAGCCGGUGGAGGAUGAGAACCAGUGCUUGGCUCCUCCGGUCCAGCUGGUGAGUUUUGGCUACAGGGAUCUGCCCCUCGCGGCUCUGGACCUCUCGCUGGCCGGAUCUCAGCUGCUCUCCAACGCCGACGAAGACGAAAACAGAGAAGGGUCCAACUGGCUGAAGCCGUGCUGCGGGCGCCGGGUGGCCCUGUGGCAGGUCUGUCUGCUCAGCGCGGGAUUCAACUGUAUCCUGGUGGCCUGCGUCAUUCUAGUGGUGCUUUUUCUGUCCUUGGAGCUGCUGAUAGACACCAAACUCUUGCAGUUUUCCAAUGCGUUCCAAUUCGCCAGCAUCAUCCACUGGAUCAGCCUUAUCAUCCUGUCACUCUUCUUUUCAGAGACUGUUUUCAGAAUUGUAGUUCUCGGGAUCUGGGACUACAUAGAAAACAAAGUUGAGGUGUUUGAUGGCGCUGUAAUCGUGCUGUCCCUGGCCCCCAUGGUGGCCUCCACGGUAGCCAACGGGCCCAGCAGCCCCUGGGACGCCAUCAGCCUCAUCAUCACCCUACGCAUCUGGAGGGUCAAGAGGAUAAUUGACGCGUAUGUGCUCCAAGUCAAAGUGGAGAUGGAACUGGAGAUCCAGCAGUGUGAGAAAACAAAGGCGGUGAGGGAGGAGCAGCUGGAACGUCUCACUCAGAUCUGUCAGGAACAGGCCUUUGAGAUCAGGCAGCUGAGGGCACAUCUGGCCCAGCAGGACCUGGACCUCGCGGCAGAGCGAGAAGCAGCCAUGCAGAUCCAUCACGUCUGGGGCAAACAGGGCAGGAGUUUUCAGGUCGUGGAGGGUUUGACUCCGGGGGAGUCCGACGACGAGGGCGGUCAGAGAAACCCCAGGGAGCCACACACCACGACAGAUCCAGUGGUGCGAGAUGACAUGAACAAUUACAUCAGCCAAUAUUACAGCGAAGCAAGCAGUGAUCCUGGAGCUUCUGGCAUGGGUCCCCGGGUCAUCACCACAGCGGCCAUCGACGUCCACCUCCCCACCAGUACGAACCCCAUCCAGUCUAACCCAAUGCUCGCCAUGGAGCGGGUGGGCAGCGCCGUGAGUGACGCCUCCACAAGCAUAUCCCGCUCCAGCGGCAGCCUGACGGCCCGCCCUCUCAGCCUGAGUAGCCACACCCCGGGGUCCUCCAUGACGGACUGCAGCAGCAGUGCAGCUCAGGAGCUCAGCCUGAGCUACAGCUCCCAUCGCUGCUGCCCCCCUUCUUUCUCAGGACAGGAGCCCUGCAGGGACCCCAGCAUGGUGGUGCAGGAGCUGCUCUCCUCCCUCUCCGAGGACUCCUGCCUUGCCCAAAAGGGUCUGUCGGUGGACCCCGUCAACCUUAAGCUUCCAAGUCCCACUGGUUCAGAAAACGCCAGCCCUGAGCUGGACAACAGAAUAAACAUCUUUAACCGCAGGAACCAGGAGGAGCGGCGAGGCCGGGGCCGGGGCUGCGUGCUGCUGCAGACCAAGCCGCUCAUCCACCUGCAGGGCAGCGCGACGGAGCCGUCACUGGAGGAGAAGUACCGGCUACUCGGACCCUCUGACUCACCGCUGGGUCACAUGUCUGAUACAUAAGCUACAUUUACACAGGAACAGCAGCUUUUAGUCUGUUUCUGUCGGCAUUUUCUGAACUCCUGUUGAGCCUCAUAAGAGGAAACAAUUAAGACUAAAAGUUGGGAUUUUGAAAUUUUUUUUUUCUUUGCUGUGUAAAUCCAAUCUUAGCCAAUUCAGAGUGAGCUUGAGCCUUAGCUUCCAGCUAACAUUAACGCUUCGCCACUUGAUGAAUUCGAACGCCAACAUCUCAAAUGACAAUGAGGACUUUUAGGCCCUUGCCACAAUUGUUCACACUCCCCUGUUGUCCCCAACUGGAUUUUUGGGAUCAGAAAAUCCCGGAUAUAGCACAACAAAGACAAUACCAUCCCAGCAAGGAUGCGUCUCCAAUGUGUUCUUGGACACAUUCUUUAUCAGGAAUUUUCACUUUGGAUGGGUCCUAAAUGCACUGAACUUUACAAGAAUCAAAACCAGCAACGGACCAUUCAAGCCUAUACUGAACAAACAGAAACGCUGAACAGUGCUGCAAUCCUCGACACUGUUCUCGCCAAUGUCAAGCAGUUUAAGGAGUGUUUUCUAUUGCAUUUUGUUGUUAAUUUUUGUUUUCAUUUGUAUUUUCAAUUUUAAACCUUAACCAUGCUGUUCUUUGUUCAGACAGCCACAGGGUACAGAAGACUGGCUUAACUAUUACAACAGCCAAUUUUUUUACCUUUGCCUUUUUUGUCACCAAUUUGAUUUGAAUCUGUCAUCGAAAACUGAUUGAAUAGCAUUUUUUUUGUUUUUGGAAUUCUAUUCGUAGGGUAUAUUUGUGUGGUUUAAAUGAAAAGGCAAAUGACUGGACUCUUCACGUGAAUACCGGAGUGGAGUGCUUGUAGCAUGAACCUUUAAAAGAAAUGUGCCAUAAAUGGCGAGCAAAUUCUUUGCACUUUAAUGUUUACAGACACUUUUGUAAACUUGAUAUUGGAGGAAGUUAUUGCCAAAUGCAGGUGUUGUCAUUUGAAUGAAAAUAGCAAAAAUAAAAGUUAGUAUUUCCUUAA